UCUUAUCUGAAGUGUAUCCCCUGAAGAGAAUAUGGAGGCACCACUAGAUUCAGAGAAACAGCAUCUGAUUGAGACUCAUUUGGAGCCUAUUAGAUGGUACGUAGUAACUUACUGCUUCAUAAAUGCUCAGACUUGGCACAGAUGGACUCGAAUCUGCUGAUAAAAUGUUAGAAAAGUGUUUUGCAGUUCUGUGUUCUCUCAGGAUGAAUCUUUCAGAGAACAAAUGCUGCGACUCGGAGUCUAGUGACUAUGCUUCCAACGUGGACGACCUGUGGCAGCCUGAGCAGCUCUGUCCGGAGAUCGGCACCAUGUCGGGGGCUGAGAGUGAAGCAAGGCGUCUGGCCAGAAGGAAGCUUUUCAUGGCCUGUGCUGUGAGCCUGGUGUUCAUGACCGGAGAGCUGAUUGGAGGAUACGCUGCCCACAGUUUGGCCAUCAUGACGGAUGCAGCUCAUCUGCUCACAGACUUCGGCAGCAUCCUGAUCAGCAUCUUUUCCCUGUGCAUUUCAUCCAAGCCUCAAACGCACACCAUGACUUUUGGAUGGCAUCGAGCUGAGAUUCUGGGCGUGCUGCUGUCAGUCGUGUCCAUCUGGGCCGUGACAGCAGUUCUGGUUUCAUUGGCCAUACAGAGGAUCACUGAUGGAGACUACGACAUAGACAGUAGCAUCAUGUUGAUCACCUCGGGCUGUGCUGUGGGCGUAAACAUACUGAUGGCCCUGAUCCUGAAUCAGUCUGGUGCUUCCCACACCCAUGGUCAUGGCUUUGCUACAAAUCAUACUCACAGUCACGGACACACCAACGCUAGCGUGAAGGCGGCGUUCAUCCACGUGGUGGGAGAUCUGCUGCAGAGUGUUGGGGUCCUGCUGGCUGCCACCAUCAUUCACUUCUGGCCUGAAUACAAGAUAGCAGAUCCAGUUUGCACAUUUCUGUUCUCUGUGCUGGUUGUUGGGACGACACUUCCCAUCACGAAGGAUGUUUUUAGGACACUGAUGGAAGGCACCCCUCAGAACAUUAACUACAACACCGUGAGAAAGCUGCUGCUGUCCGUCAGAGGAGUUGUGGCUGUUCACAAUUUGCACAUGUGGAGCCUCAACAUGAGUCACUCUUUACUUUCCGUCCACGUGCUCACAGAGGACAGCGCCGACUCUCACACCGUCCUCAUGAAGUCAACGAAGCUCCUGCGUUCUGAGUUUAGCUUCUCCAGCAUCACCAUCCAAGUGGAGCGCUGCAGGACUGUGACAUGACUCAACACGGACCAAGCACAGGCUGCUGCUUCCUGUGUGACCAGCUCAUCGCACAACUGGACAAUUUCAGUUCAUAGAGCUUUAAAUGCCGUUCUGUGAGCAGGUAACUAUCAGUUGGCAUCCAGGAGAUAUUCUGCAUGACAAUGUGAACCUUUUGAUGAAACACUGUUACAUUAAUGUUAGGUCUUCAUUUGUCAACUUAAGGUAAUGAAGCUAGAAUGUGUUUACAAUUACUCUAAUAAGACUAUGAAACCAUCCAUUAUUUUCUUGCCAGGCUGUGGCUUGGCGCAUGUUUGCUGUCUGCUCAUUUCUACCUACACUAACUGAGAAUAAAUAAUCUGUAUAAGCA